UCAUACUGAUGUUCCGUGAAGUACCCAAUGCAACCACUGCACUGCUCGACAUGCUGCUGCAUUGCUGCUACUGCAACGACACGUUCACCUUGUCCGUCAUGAUGAUGAUCCACGGUCAGGUGUCCUCGGCGCCCACCAAUGAGCUGAAGCACAUCUUGAUUCUCCUCCUGGAGCUGCUGAUGAUGGAGGACCCCCUGCAGGGCAAGCGCCUCAAGCUAGCCGUGGAAGGCAACAACAACAAUGGCCUCUUGGAGAUCAUCCGUAAAUGUACGUCCACGGACAGCCGUCGGUCCUACCAGUGCAUCAAAUUCCUGGUCCAUCUGUCCAACAAAUGCUCCAUGGCCAAAGAGUAUCUGAUGACCAUCUCGGUUCGGUGGCAGUGGGCGGUCAACUGGCUCAAGAAAAAGAUGAGUGAGCACUACUGGACUCCGCAGAACGUCUCCAACGAAUCCAGCACGGGACGGUCCUUCCAACGCACCAUGAGUGCUCAGGACACGCUGGCCGAAGCCACCGCGCUGCUGGAUGAGCUCAACACGCGUGACGACGACGGUGAACACAUCGAGAACGACGAAGAGGAGGAGGAGUAUGUUGAGGGGGACUCCAACACCAAGAUGGAGGUCAACGGGUCGUCAGAGGGGUCAGAGGUCAACGGGAAUGAAGACAGCUCUGAGUCUUCCAAGACGUUGGUUCAGGACGACGUGGGCGACUUGGACGACAUUGAUACAUAACGGCGUUUUUUUUUUCUGUUUCAGAAUUUGUAGCCAAUAGAAGAUGGUUCCUUACUCCCGGGGUCAUAAGUCAGAGGUCAUCACAGGUCAGGUCGUAGGAAACCAAGGGCCAGGUUGCAUUUUUUUUUUUUUGCUGACACAUCGUAUUUUAACCAAUCACAUCACGCACCCUAACAUGAAUAUUUAUCACGCUGUGUGGAGGGAAGACUGGUUUUCGUAGUGUUUUUCCUGCAAUUAACUUAUGGCAACCAACAAAAAUAUUUCAUAAAAUUGGACAAGGGUUCAAACCACAGAUCUUGCGAUCCAUAGUUCAUUCCACUAUCCACUAGGUCAAUCCUGCUUUACCUAGGCUGGAGCUCUCAAUUGUUGAAAACAGCCACUUGACUGAAAGGACAACUUGGCACAGAAUGUCUGUUUGCAUAGGGCGUUCAAAGCAGACAAUGAAUGCUUAAUAACAAUAUUUUUUGCCCAAGCAAGUCAGAAGUUAUAAUAACUCGCAUGCUUUGUACCUCAAGAAACCUGUUUUUGCUGAGCAGGUAUUUUCCGUGCUUACCAGAUUUCUGUUGGCCACUGUUCCUGUUCAAUCGUUCACUCUAUUUACUGUUAGCCAUAUUUUUGUGUGUCGCACAAAUUCUUCUAUUUUAAGCCAAUAUAGGACAAUGUUUGUUUGUUAUUUUUUUUAUUUGGACUUGAGUGUAGAUUGUAGAAGCAAUAAUUUUAUACGUACACAAUUUGUAGCAUGGUAUGUGUGUUGUUUUACCAUAAAGUCUCACAGCCAGUUUAGCAAGGGAUGCAAAAGUGACAAAAAGUUAUACAAACCCGAAUUUAAACCUUUUGUCACACUGAUUCUUUUUAUUGGAUGUUUUGCAGAGUAACUUGGUCGAUUUCUAACCAUAACCACUCCUGGGUCCUACAAAUUCCAUCAGAAUUUUUUUGAAGGAUUUUAUAGGAUUGAGGAAAGUUGGGCCUAGCUAUUUUUUUUUGGCACAGGGGUUGAUGCACCUAUGAAGUUUCAAAAAUGACCAUUUGUUUUGUGCACUGUGUUUGAUUUUGUAGGAUUCAGGAAUUUUCUAUCAAAAGUGCUGCGGGAUUCACGUGAAUUUCUUUUUUGUUUCUGUUUAUUGAUUACCCCACUUGAUUAAAUCAAGUUGCCAAAUAGUUUAUGCAUUGAAAUAACUUUAGAUCAAAUAACUCUACAAAGAUUUUUGAAUCUGAAAUCUGUGCAUAGAGUUAAUUCUUCGCGGUAAAAAUACUGAAUUCUGGCAUCUUCGAGCAAACUUGAAUCCUCGAUCCUGAUUGGCUGAUUCAUGACAACAACAUUAUCCAUAUCGCAGUCUGGGUAUCGCACUAUUCUUAGAUGCGCACUAUGCCUACUGCACACACGCGUUAAAGGAUAACCACUGGAAAGUUCGGGGUGCGCUCGUUCGAUCCAGCUUUACUGUGCGUCAAGUUGGCUUGAAGAUAAAUCCGUUAUCCACUCACGCUCAUGGAAAAUGGACAAUUUGGUGCGUCUGUGUCCCAACCACUUGGUCUUCAGCCUCGUGGCAUUUGGUACUCAGACGCACUACUUUGUUCCGUGUUCCACUCACGCUUGUGGGAUAAAUGACUAUGACAUACAUGCUUCAUCAUUAUUGUCUGCUGUAAAUAGUUUUAAAAACAACAACAACAAAACGGGUUGUAUUUUUCAAAUGUUCACACAGCAUGAGUACUCUAUCUAACAACUUUUCAAAACUGCCUCAGCGAAAAGAGAAUUUGAUAGUAUUUUUGGAUCUAGAUUUGAAACUAGCUGCGACUGGUUUCAACCAGUUAGAUUACAUGUAUAUCAUUAACCUUUGACCGUGAUGUGUUUCAUGAGAACCAAUCAGAUUGUACCAGGAAUGGCAUGAAUAUUCAUAAAAAGGAAAGCAUCCAAUACCAGGCGACUACCUUCACUCUUUCAUCCAAUCGCAACUGCAUGUGGUAUCGCUAUGGCAAUACUUAAUUAAUAUGCAUUUUCGGUAACUUCCAUGUAGAUAGUUUGGUAGCGGUGUGUUUUAAGUAAAAAUGAAUAACUUAUAGUUACACACACCAAUGCAAGUUAUUUUUCAAGUAGCAUUAAAUGAAAUUUGAAUUUUCCUUUUUUGGGGGGGGGGGUGUUUUGCUCGAUACAUUAACUAUUGAAGAUCCAUUUCUGUGUAAAUUUAAUAACAUCUUUGUCACUGUAAAUAUCAUGCCUCACUAUUUCAUAUGUAAAUACUUUGUACAUAAGAAAAAUACAACGUAGGUUUUUGUUAAAAAUUCAAAAUGUCAAUUUUUCAUUUUAAAACGAGAUAAAGACACCAUUGAGAUAAGUUGGGAAAAACAUUAUUCUCGUUGUUCAGUUGUAUGUGGGAUUUUUUCGAUUGAGAAGAUGAAACCACCUGGCCAAUGUUAAGGUCAUAUUGAAAUUUGAGUUGGGGGCUGAGUUCUUGCACACUUAAACAUAAUUAACAUCUGCACAAUUUUUCUGUUGUGUUCCAAAUUUUGUUUCAAGUAUAGUUAUGAAGUUUUACUUUUUCAAUUGGAUAAGUAAUUCCAUUUUUAUUAACCCGUUGUCAAAUUCCAUAAGAAAAAUCUGAAAUUAUAUUUAAUUUGAAGUUCAUAGGAUGUGGUGCUUUAAUGCUUGUAGCAAAAGUUGUAAAGUUUCAUUUUUGUUCGUCUUGGUUUUUUUCUUCUUUUUUUUUGGCCAGCUAGAUUAACUGUAUAGGUUGAACUGUUUUAAAUACUGACAUGACAUUACAAACUACGCUUUUUAUGCUACAGAAAAGUAGACCUUGCAGCAAAGGUUUCCCCCUGAAUUAUUUUCAUUUUCUGCAGUCAGUGAAGCAACCUUGAUAAGCAGAAAAACUUCAGCCUUUUUUAGUUGUAAUUUUGUAUAGGUUAUGUGUGCAAUGAGCAGAUUGUUCCAAAAUUGCACCCGCCAGAUACGAACAUUUGAUAUAUCUGUUCAAAGAUCAUAUAGUACACAUUGUUUCAUUUUCGUUAAAAUUGAGGCAAUUUGGUUUGUAUCCAAAGAGUUAAACUAUAUUAUUAUUUAUAUCAGGCUUCCAGUGAUAAAAAUAAUUUAGCGUAUUGUAUGCUUUGUAAAAAGUACCCGGAUGACUGCAAUAUUAUAUCAGUCAAAGUACCCAGAUGAGGACAAUAUUAUUUUUGGAUAUUUUCCUUAUCCGGGCAUUUUAACAAUUUUCGCUGGUUCCCACACAAUCAAGAGCGUAGAACCUCACAGUUGUCAACCGGUCAACACAGCGUAGCGCGGUACCAUCGCACGCGGGCAUGGACGCAGCGCGCAGCAUGACAUACGCGCAUCAUGAUAUACGCGCACUGUUGUCAACAGCAACAAUGGCAGCUUCGAGCAGCGCAAAAUUUGCUUCGGUAAGCAAAGAAUAUUCGGUGAAAUUUCAGAAAUAAAGACAGUGUCUUGAAAGGUAUUUCUUGCUGAUCAAGUCAGCUUGAUAUAAAUAAUAAUGAUAAUAUUGGAUGGCUUUUUCCCCGGGGAUACAAGAAUAUAUUGCACUAGCUAUAACAAUAGUGCCCUCAUCAUAGCUCAUGCAAUAUGUUCUUAUAUCCCUUUCAAAGCCAUCCAAUGUUAUAUAGCUAUCUUUAGGGGGGAUUGAUAUGCAAAGAUCCGUCAUGAAAUUACACACAUGCACACAAACAAAAAACGAAUCUCAGUCAAAAGGAUUUCUUGAUAACCAGACAAAAUAAAAAAAUUAACAUAAAAAUGCACAAGAAAAAUAUGUCUGCCUUAAUGCAAAAUACUGUACAUAUUUAGAGACCUUAAAAAGUUUAAAACCAUCGGGUGAAAAUCUACUUUGAUUCACUAAAAUAGUAGGAAUAAAAAAAGUUGCAUUUUAAAGUAAUGUAGUACUGUUUGAUACAAUGCAAGACAUGGUUAGUAGAUCAGACAGUAAACUUAGUGUAUUGUAUAGGUAUAUAAAAUACUGGUUCAAAUCUGGUUUGAACCAGUUCAAACCAGUCUCUACUGGUUUAAACUGGCCCUAAUUAAAGAGGCAUAUGCAUACACACAUUUGAGCGUACGGUUUCUGCAGAGUUUACACUGAAGGGCUGGUCAGUGACAUUAAUGUACAUGUGUGUACAUAUAUGUAAAUAUAUUUUAAAUAUUGAUUACAAAUUCCUGGUAUUUUAAAUAAACAUUUUCUUUCAUGAUCAACUUCCUGAGACAGAGAAGUGCAAGAUUUGAAUAAAGAAUUCUCAAUUUUA